CCAAGGCUCUUCUCUCCUGGCUUGUGGUUGGGUCGCUGGCUGGUGAUCACUUGAAGCGUAUUGCUCCCCCAACAGGCAAAACUUUCUAUUCACUCACUCACACACACACACACACACACACAUAUACACUGACGUCUUUUGCGCAUUUCCUGCAUUAGGGAGACAGACACAGAGCGAGGGAGAGAGCGAGAACGAGAGAGGUGGGGUAGUGCUUCUUUUAACCCAGCAUCAGACGAGCUUAGGAAGCGGCACCAGCCAUCCAGAAGGCGAUUGGGGCGGGAGAGGUAGGGGAGGGGGGCGGUCGCGGUUCUGGUUGGAGAGGUUUGUUUUUGUUUUGUUUCGUUUUGCAAUAGAUCGCGGAAAGCUUUUUUUUCCGAGCCAUCCUGUGGAUUGCGCUCUGGAUUUUUAAAAGAAGGAUCGAAUUAAACUCCCCGAGCGGUCCGAUCCGGAACACUUUCUCCCCAUGCAUUGGAGUCGAUCUCCUGGAUCCUUGGCCUUGGAGGAGGAGGAGGCGGAGGAAGAGAAGGCGAGGAAGCUCCUGCAGCAACAGCAGCCGAGGCGGAUGUAAGGCUCCCCAGGCUGUGUGAUUUCCCCCCCACCCCUCAAUCGGAAGGCUGUGAAGGAGGCAGGGCUGCUGGUUUGGUUGGGUGUUUCUGGGUGGGUUUCUCUCUCUCUUCCCCCCUUCCUUUCCUUUCCUCUCCCUCCCUCCUCUCCCCUCCUCUGUUGUUGCUGCUGCCGCCGCCGCCGCCGCCGCACAGACAAGACACCACUAGCGCGUGCAAGAGCUUCGGAUUGCUCUUGUGUGUGUGCGUGUGUCCGCGCCGAAGACUGAUCCAGGAUUAUGAUCUAAAAAGCAAAGGAAAAACGGAGGAGGCGGCGGAGGAGCCGUGGGGGGGAAAAAGAACGUCUGUUUCUGUAUCCACCCUCCGAGGAUCUUUGGAUUGGGCUCGGAUUGCAUUUUGGAUUUCUGCAAGCAGGGACGAACCCCCCUCCCCUUCCCUCCCCUCCUGUCCCCUCAUCGUUUGUCCGUUAAAAAACACACGGGCAAAGAAAUUUCUAUUUAUCGAUCUAUGCGUGUGUUUGUGUGUGUGUAUGUAUAUAUGCAUGUAUUCACUGGGUGUCGCAAGAGGAAAGGCUAAAGAGCCAUAGGUAGCAAAAAAGCAACAAAAAAGGAGCCCCUACUCUAAGCCUGCACACCCUGUCCCCCUCCCUCCCUGCCUCAAACCUGCCUUCUUAUUUAUUGGAGAAAUCUCCCAGGAUCCCUCCUCACUCCAGAGUGUGCUUAAUCCCAGGGAAAAAGUGAAGCCAUCUAACCAUGGUGGUUUUCAAUGGCAUGCUGAAAAUUAAAAUCUGCGAAGCGGUGAAUCUGAAACCCACACCUUGGUCACUGAGGCAUGCCGUGGGUCCCAGGCCACAGACCUUUCUGCUGGACCCUUACAUUGCCCUCAACGUGGACGAUUCCCGGAUUGGGCAGACCUCCACCAAGCAGAAAACCAACAGUCCUGCCUGGAACGAUGAAUUCGUGACUGACGUUUGCAAUGGCAGGAAGAUUGAGAUGGCUGUUUUCCAUGAUGCCCCCAUUGGGUACGACGAUUUUGUGGCUAACUGUACGAUCCAGUUCGAGGACUUGCUGCAGAACGGGAGCCGCCACUUUGAGGAUUGGAUUGAUCUGGAGCCAGAAGGAAGAGUGUAUGUCAUCAUAGACCUUUCAGGCUCAUCAGGUGAAGCACCCAAAGACAAUGAAGAACGAGUAUUUAGGGAACGGAUGCGGCCCAGGAAACGCCAAGGAGCGGUGCGACGCAGGGUCCAUCAGGUUAACGGGCACAAGUUUAUGGCCACCUAUCUUAGGCAACCAACCUACUGUUCACACUGCCGAGACUUUAUAUGGGGGGUAAUAGGAAAGCAAGGGUACCAAUGUCAAGUUUGCACUUGCGUAGUCCACAAGCGAUGCCAUGAGCUUAUAAUAACAAAAUGCGCUGGUUUGAAGAAGCAGGAAGCCCACGACGAGGUGGGCUCCCAGCGCUUCAGUGUCAACAUGCCUCACAAGUUCAGCAUUCACAAUUACAAAGUGCCCACCUUCUGUGACCACUGUGGUUCGUUGCUUUGGGGGCUUCUGAGACAAGGUUUACAAUGCAAAGUUUGCAAGAUGAAUGUACAUAGACGCUGUGAAACAAACGUGGCACCCAACUGCGGAGUGGAUGCUCGAGGGAUAGCUAAAGUCCUCGCGGAUCUUGGCGUCACUCCAGAUAAGAUCACUAAUAGUGGACAAAGGAGGAAGAAGCUCGUUCCAGGUGCAGAGACUCAACCUCCGGUUCCUGGAUCGUCACCAGGAGAAGAUGACCGGUCAAAGUCAGCACCAACUUCCCCGUGUGAUCAAGAAAUCAAAGAACUUGAAAAUAACAUUAGGAAAGCGUUAUCCUUUGACAAUCGAGGAGAGGAGCACAGGGGAGCGGCAACCACCUCAGCUGACAACCAGCUUAACACACCAGGGGAGAACGGUGAAAAUGGAGAGGUCAAAGCCCAGACGAAGCGCAUGGGCCUCGAGGAGUUUAACUUCAUUAAAGUGUUAGGAAAAGGCAGCUUUGGAAAGGUCAUGCUAGCUGAGCUAAAAGGCAAGGAUGAAGUAUAUGCCGUGAAAGUCUUAAAGAAAGAUGUCAUCCUACAAGAUGAUGAUGUGGACUGUACGAUGACAGAAAAACGGAUUCUGGCUUUGGCACGGAAACAUCCCUACUUAACACAGCUCUACUGCUGCUUCCAGACCAAGGACCGCCUCUUUUUCGUCAUGGAAUAUGUCAAUGGAGGAGACCUGAUGUUUCAGAUUCAACGCUCGCGCAAAUUUGACGAGCCUCGCUCCCGUUUCUAUGCAGCAGAGGUCACAUCGGCACUCAUGUUUCUCCACCAACAUGGCGUCAUCUACAGGGACUUGAAACUGGACAACAUUCUCCUGGAUGCAGAAGGUCACUGCAAACUGGCUGACUUUGGAAUGUGUAAGGAAGGGAUCUUGAAUGGAGUAACGACUACUACCUUUUGUGGGACGCCAGACUACAUCGCUCCAGAGAUCCUCCAGGAAUUAGAAUAUGGUCCUUCAGUAGACUGGUGGGCGCUGGGUGUUCUCAUGUAUGAAAUGAUGGCUGGGCAACCCCCCUUUGAAGCCGACAAUGAAGAUGACCUCUUUGAGUCCAUCCUUCAUGACGACGUGCUGUAUCCAGUAUGGCUUAGCAAAGAAGCCGUCAGCAUUUUGAAAGCCUUCAUGACAAAAAAUCCAAAUAAGCGACUUGGCUGUGUGGCAGCUCAGAAUGGCGAAGACGCCAUUAAACAACACCCGUUCUUCAAGGAAAUUGACUGGGUUCUUCUAGAACAAAGGAAAAUCAAGCCACCCUUCAAACCUCGGAUUAAAACCAAAAGGGAUGUAAAUAACUUUGAUCAAGACUUUACACGAGAAGACCCGAUAUUAACGCAAGUGGAUGAGACAAUUAUAAAGCAAAUCAACCAAGAAGAAUUUAAAGGCUUCUCGUAUUUUGGAGAAGAGCUGCUGCCGUAAGGACCCCUCCCUCCCCCAAAUUGGGAUCACCAGAUCACUGACACUGCAAGUUGUGGUUCUGAAAAGAUCCUCGAGCUAUAACAUCAACAGCUACUUCUCUGACCAUGAGCCCAGAUCCCCUUACUUUAUGCUAUCUAUUUAUUGUUCUUUUCCUUUCAUCUUUGAUCUGGAGUCACUCCUAAUAUCUGUUUCACAAAGCAAUGCAAAGUAUUUUGUAUCAGAAAUUGUAAAGGUAACACAUUGCUGCUGUUGUUUUUUGCUGCUGCUGCUUUAUUUAUUUUUCUUUGCUUUUUCUUCUUUGUCUAAAUUUGGGAUCUUUCUUUUAUUCCCAUGAAGGCUGUGACUUGCCUUUUAAAAUUAUUAUUAUUUAAUCUAGCACCUUCAGACCAACUCAGUCAUUUCUGAAGUAGAAAAGAUCAAUAGGAGGGAUUUUUAAAAUUCAUUUUCACCCUGAAAAGUGUGGCCUAAGGCAGGGAUGAGCAGAAAGUAGACCUCCAGAUGUCGUGAACUUCAACUCCCAGCAUUCCUGACCAUUGGCCAUACUCUCAAGGGCUUCUGGGAGUGGAAGACCAAAACAUCUGGAGAUCUACCUUCUGCCUACCCUAGUCUAAGAAUGCGCCCCCUAUACAUUCAGACGGUAAGAGUUUUCCAAGAUGUGGUAAAAAAUCAUCCCAUCACAUAGUGGCACAAGGACAAACGUGUAAUACAUGAACACUGAGCAGGCGGACAUCGCCUUGGGUGACGUUUUCACCUUGGACGCAAUCCUAGAAAUCAUCUAUACGAUGUACUGUCCCAGCAACAAUCUCAGAAAACAUUGGGUUGGCUACAGACUUACACAUAAUACCUUAAGCCCCAUUGAUGUCAUUGAGUCUACUCCAAGUAUGACUAAAUCUGGACCCAAUCUAUUAGGUUCUGUCAGCAUUUCAAGGGCAUUGUAGAGCAUGAGAUACAAACCUAAAAUCAGUUAACGUUUUGCCAUUGAUUUCAACAGGAUGUGACGUGUGCCUGUUGAAGACACAUACCCCAAAUGUAAAUGGAUAGGAUUGGCGGCCCAAUGAGCCAUACAGAGAUACUCUAGGGUUUCUUUUUAAUGAGAAACAUACUCAAGAGGCUACAGUUUUGAACUGAGGAGUGGACAGGGUGUGUGUAACGCUUUCACCACAUGCCAUUUUACAUGUCAAAAUUGUAUCCCCUACUUCCCCCCCCCACCUGCCAGGAUUCCAGAGGGAUAUUUACAUGGGUAAAUAUACAUCUAGAAUGCUUUGUGGGGGAGCAGCAUUUAAGAGCCAUUUUGAGAAGGAGGAAAGAGUGACGUACCCUCCUCUCCUCUCGAACCUGCUGCUUUCGAGGGCUGCUUUUCAUUUAUUUAAAAGCAAAACAAAACAAUAUUUGAGCUUCGUUACAUGUAUUUGCAUGUAAUGGGUAGUUUGUGCCUUUGCGUUGUCGAAAGAAUUACUUCCAAGUAAAUAUGUUUAGGGUCCAGGUGUCAGCAAAGUUGCCCAAGCAUUAAAAGGCUAUGAAGA